AUGAAAGCAAUUACUCUUCUCUUUGUUAUUGCAUUAGUUGCUGUUAAUGCAAAUAACAAAACUUAGUAAUGUUAGGAUAUUGUCAUGAAAAAAAUAGAACUAGGAUUAGUUUGCAGUAGCAGUGACACUGAAUGCUUAGAUGCCCUUCUUUCUCUUAAUUAAUGUGCAUACAACUGUGCUUCCUAAAUUGACUACGAUUAUGAUAAUGUAGCUUUUAUUAACUCUUGUUUAUAAUUAAACUGCACUUCUUCAAAUAUCAGAGUCCAACACUUACUAUAAGAUUUCUUAAAUUGCUUCAAAUCAAUUAAAAUCACUAACCUUAGAUUAUCUAAAAACAUCUAAUAAUGUUAAUCAGAUCUCUUUAAAAAAUUAGAAUAAGGAAAGUAUUGUAAACCUAAUGAUUAAGAUUGCUUAAAUGCUCUUGUUGAUUUUAAUUAAUGUGCAACUGACUGUGCUAAGUAAAUUGAUUACGACUAUGAUAACUAAGCUUUCAUUAUCUCUUGUGUUAAGCAAAAUUGCAGUUCUUCAAAUGCUGAAGUUUAACGUUUUAUGAAUGAUUACAUAAAAUGUUCUAUGUGA